AUGCUCUGUUCUGGCCUUUCCACGGCAGGCGGCAGCCCCCGCACCAGAGCAUGCAGGAUCCCAGGAGGACGGGUACGGAGCGCCGAGCUCACUCCCAGGAGCACAGGGAAUGGGUCACCAAGCAGCUCUGCCCACAGCCAGUAUGCAGCCCUGCUCCCCCCAAAGCCGGUUACGUACUGCAAGAUCUGGAAAGGCAGGAGAGAGAACUUCCAGCCCAGCUUUGGGGCCGAUACCCCUAGGAAAGGAAAGCCCGAGGUGAUGCCAGCCUCCCAGAAGACAAAGUCACACGCGCAGGUACAGCCCAUCGCAACGGGGAACGGCAGAGGUGUUGUGCACUGCCCCAAUAACUACGCUUUGAGUCACGACAGUUUCGGGCCGACGCUUUCGUUCACCGUCACGAACCGGGAGCAAAGUGCAGUAUAUCUCAUUAACAGUUCGGAAAGAAAGUUUAAAGGUGCCUCCGCAAAGAGACACAAACAAAACGCAGCUGAGCUCCCGAGCCGGAGCCGGCGGUGCGAGGGGCGGAACGCGGAGCCGGGGCCGGUCCGCACCGAGCGGGCGGCGAACCCGGGGCUGCCCGGCACCGGGCGUUGCGAAACUCGGGUGGAGAGAGGGUGUUCGGCGGGCACCGGGACAACCGCAGCCGUCAGCGGGGAGCGGCAGCGGGGGACCGCAGCGCCCGCACGGAGGCGGAGGAACCACGCCGGGAGCGCGGAGCCGCGGUUCGGGAGCCCCGUAACCAACCCCGGCCGGGGCGCGAGCAGCGCCGGCCCCGUCCCUGCCCGUCCCUCCGCCCUACCCGCGGCGGAGAAGGGGGAAGUUGCAGCGCCCGCGAUCGGCGGCUGCAGGAGGGGGCAGAACGGGCAGCUCGCGCCCGACCCGGCGCGGAGCGGCAGGGAAGGGGCUGCGUUACCUUCAACAGGUGCAGGCGCCGGCGGAGGCAGCCCGCGGCGCGGACCCUCGGCGCGGAGGCGGCUCCCGACAGCCCGGGGCGGGCGGUGGCGCUGGGCGGAGGCGCUCCGGCAGCCCCCCGGCGGCCGCCCCUGCUCCCGGCGGGCCCCGCCGCCGCCUCGCCGGAGUCAGCGCGGAGGCGGCAGCGGCUGCGGCCACCUCGGAGAGAGAAGGAAGGGAGGGAGGGAAGGAGGGAGGAGAGAGAGACAGAAAGAGAGAGGGAGGGAGAGAGGGAGGGGAGGCAGCGAGAGAGCAGAGAGAAGCGCCCCGAGAGGGAUCGAUCGAUCGUCACAUGGCGGUCGCGAUCCGCCGCCGCCCCCCGACAGCCGAAGCCUACGGCGGGGAGCCGGAGAAAAGCUGCGAGGAGGGGACACACCUGUAGGCGCAGCACAUAUCCGCUGUGAGCACAAUGCGAGACAGGAAACUGAAAAAACAGCCCAGGGAAGGAGAGAGGCUCCCGUUCGUCCCUCCUUCCCUCGCUCCCUCCCUCCCUCCGUCCUCCUCCUCCUCCUCCUCCUCCUGCUCUCUCCACCCCCUGCCCCUGGUCAGGCUCCGCUGUCUCCUGCAGGCAGAACCAGGCGGAGGGCCGGCGGGAGGAAGCAGCCGCACUUUCUCCCUUUCCCUUCCCCUCUUCCCAUUGUUCCGCCCGCCGGCCAGGCGCGGCCAGGGGGCUCCCCCGCGGGGCCGGGAGCUGCCGAGAGCUUCGAGCCGCUGCCGAGCGCAGCGCCGCAGGGAGCCGGGACCGGACCGGGCCGGGCCGGGCCGUGCCGUGGUCGCCGCUCCGGUGCCGGGAGCCGAGCGCCGGGCUGCCGCGGGGCCGGGAGCAGGGAGCUGGGAGCAGGGAGCAGGGCGGCGAUCCUGCCGGGGCCGUGCCUGGCGGCGGGGCUGUGGGGGGUCUCUUUGCUUUUCCGUGGCCUUGGGGUACCCGGCGCGUUCCGGCGCUGUGUCGGAGAUGCUCCUGAAUGCGUAGGAACAGUAAUUGCCGCCUCUCGUCCUCAGAGCAGGGAGAACUGCUGCGGGGCUCCCGAGUUCCCCUCUCUCCCUGUCCCGUCGUUGGGAGCCCGGCGUAUGUCACAGGCAACGUCUGUAGUGAACUGAAAAUACCGUGGGUUUAUCCCGCUCAGAAUUCCAGAACCACAUCGCUCUGCCAUGAAUGAAUAUUGACUCGUGAACAGGUGAGCCUGCUGAUCAGCACACAUCCAGACCUGUGGUUUAAGGACAGUGGCAAACAGCUGAAAAAGUAUUAAUUACUGUCACGGUCUUCCAUUGACAUUAACUGCAUUUUGAAUGCCUUCCCCAGUGUGCCCAAAUACCUUAAGAAAUGCUCUCAAUGAAGGCACUCGGUUCAGCUCGGGCCCAGUCCAGAAAAAAACAGUGUUUGUCCUCAGAGGGAAAUAUUAAAAAGAAAUGGCCAAAACACA